AUGCCAAUGUUUCGUCUCAUACGACCACGCAUGGCCGGCGGCGAGGACCGCCUCAGUGCACUACCCGACGACCUCAUCCGCCUCAUAGUAGGCAGGCUGGACACCCGCACCGCACUCUCCACCGCCGUCCUGGCCAGGCGUUGGGCGCACAUCACCAGCGAUCUGGCGGAGCUCGACUUCACGGUGAGCGACAUACUCCCGACCGAGUACGACCGGACCGUCGCCCUCCGAUGA